AUGAGAAUUAUUUUUGAAUUUGAGUUAACUAUCCUCAUUGCAGCUAUAAUUCAAGGGACCUAUGCAAAAAGGCAAUGUCUAAAACAAUCUGGGACAGAUUGGGAAAUAGAGCUCGUGAUAGCACAUGAAGACUGUAAUAAGUUUUACAAGUGUUUUCACGGUAAACCUCUUGAGGUUAUAUGCCCAAAGGGACUCUUUUUCAACAUGAAGUAUUGGCAAUGUGAUUGGAAGGGUAACGUUAAUUGCAGCAAACGAAAUAUUCCCGUAGAAGAUUCCGCAGAUGGUGAUGAAAUAACUAACAAUGCCGAAACUGAAAGUGAAGACAUAGACGAUGAAGAGAUAGAUGAUGAAAAUGAGCAGAUAAAGAUAAGAAAAGCGGGCUUGACAUUUCUUAAAAACUAUUGUCCAGUUAAUCCAAUGAUUCAAUGGCGACUUCCUCACGAAGAAGAUUCUCCAGUUGCAAUUUUAUUCGUGGCAGCUGCUUUAGCAGCAGAAGAUAACGGUCCUUGUCCCAAAGAACAAGAUGUAAACUUUAAAGUCGAACGUCUAUUACCUCAUAAUGAAUGCAACAAGUUUUACCAAUGUAUUCAAGGUGAGCCCGUAGAAAUGUUUUGCGCCGACGGACUUUUCUUCAACUCGGUCUUUCGUUAUUGUGAUUGGGCACCUAAUGUUGAUUGCGGUGAGAGGACGAUCCCAACUGGAAAGAUGCUGGCUACUAAUCAAGAAGAGGAGCACGAACCAGAACCAGAAAGUGAUAAUCCAGAAGCCGCUGAAAUUGAUUUUCUCGAAAAUGGUUGUCCCGUAGACCCAGUUAUACAUUGGCUUUUGCCUGACGAUAAUGACUGCUCCUUAUUCUUCUAUUGUGUUUGGGGUGAAAAGGUUCAAAGAUCGUGCCCGAAUUCCUUGCAUUUCAACAGAAAAUUGCAGAAAUAUUCUCAUUUACGUUACUUAGCUGCAAUAUACAAUAGGGCACUAGAAUUGCGCAUCUACUCUAACGUCACUAUGAUGAAAGGUAUUAUAUUAUUGGUUUCGUUUCUCGCUCUCUUCGUAAUUGGAUAUGCUGCUAAUCAGUGUCAUAAAGAACAAGAAACAAAUUGGCAAAUCGAAUUGCUGUUAAAGCACGAGGACUGUGAUAAGUUUUACAAAUGUACCUUGGGACAACCUAUUGAGAUGCAUUGCCCUGAUGGACUUUACUUUAAUCCCGAAAUUUCACAGUGUGACUGGAAGGAUAAUGUUGAUUGUAGUGAAAAAAACAUGUCACAUGAUAAUAAUUUAAAAUCCGAAGGCUCCGAUGAAUUGGGGACAGAUACGGAAUAUCAAAAUGAAUCGGAAGAAAUUGAUGAUGCUUCGGAGACAGUAGAAGAUUCAGAUGAGGAGGACACCGAUUUUGCAGGUGAUAAAAAUUCUUCCCAAGAAAAUCUUGAAGUAUCAGAAUUGGAAUUCUUAGAAAAUGGAUGUCCGGUCAACCCACAAAUACAUUGGCUUUUACCUCAUGACGAUGAUUGCAAUCUAUUCUAUUAUUGUGUAUUAGGAGAGAAAGUACAAAGAAACUGCCCAAGCUCGCUUCAUUUUAACAAAAACUUACAGGUGUGUGACUGGCCCGAUGAAGCGGGAUGUUCAAAGUCUUUAGAAGACAAUGCUUCUAUUGAACACGAAAUAAUUAAGACAGUUGAAACCGUGGUUGACAUAAAAUUGUAA